AUGGCUAACACCAAUUCUGAAGCUGGGCAAUUUAUUUAUCAGGCAGUUCAGUUCGAUAACUCGGAUCUGUUAGAUGAACUUUUGACUGCAUAUCCAGAAAACACUUCGUUCAAGGACUCGCACGGAAGAACGCCAUUGCAUAUUGCAGUUCAACGAGGAAAUUCGACGAUUGUUGAUUUACUCGUGAAAGCUGGAGCCAAUGUGAACGAGGCUGCCGGGCCAAGCAUUCUUUGUGCAACACCUUUACAUAUCGCUGCAGCAGAAGGGAAACACGAAAUUGUAAAGCGCUUAAUCGAUGAAGGAGCGGAUUUAUUUGCAACUGAUCUGCGGGAACACUGCGCACUGGAACUUGCUCAAAUGAAUAAUAAAACAACAGCAGCUCGUGUUCUCUUGGAUGCUAUUGGUACUAAAAUGGAACGUACAAGGACGGCUUAUCUUCAUGAACGUUUGAUCAGCUCUUGUAUCGAAGGAAAUGCAGUGGCCGUUGAAAAAAUACUUCUUCAAUUAAAUAGUGUUAAUCGAGAUGCUAUCCUCAACGGUCCCUCUUUAGACAAUAACUCAGCCUUGUACAUUGCAUGUUUACAUGGGCGGUACGAAGUUGUUAAGAAAUUGUUAGAUGAACGAGGUCAUAUGCUAAUACAACCGGAAACAAGUGACACUGUUUUACAUGCUGCUGUGUCUUCUCAGGAGCCUCUCCUCGUUGAGCUAAUAUUGAAAGUUAAUUUUCAUUCCGUUGUUGAGUUUACUCAUCUCAUCGGCUCAAGGAAUGCGGAUGGUAGUACAGUCUUGCACUGGGCCGCUCAGUGUGGAAAUAUCCAAGUUGUCAAAAUGCUAAUGGAGUUUCCAUACGAUGAAAGCUUGUAUCGGAGAAUCGAAGAGCCAUCGGGACGAUUUUCCUACAGUUUUGUAGUAGAUGUUAAUGCUUUGGACUCGAACUGUAGGACUGCCCUUUAUCUUGCCGUUGCUAGCUCGCAUAUUGACGUAGUUCAAUAUUUUUUAGAAUUGAAAUUUACCAUUGGAACAUCAGAAAAGAAGUGCCCAUUCGUAAUAGAUGUUUACUGCAGCGGCGGUAGAACACCCCUUAUGGUAGCUGCAGCAAAUGCGAACAUCGCCCUUGUUAUGUUGCUUCUGGAAUAUGGUGCCGACAUCAACCUUCCAUGUGGCUUAACCGACGCAGACGUUACUAGUGUGGAAGGGGCCCGUUGCAUUGGCUCGGGAGCACUAAAUGAAGCCUGUAAAGCGAAUUGCAUUCCUUUGGUCCAGCUUUUGCUUCAGAGAAACGCUGUAGAUCAAGAAAACGUUGCUUUAGCUAUUGCAAGUGAUAAUCAUCAUGACUCUCUCGUGAGGCUUUUUCUUUCGCGCCUCGUAUUUGUCGAUCCAGAUUAUCGUGUUAGCAAGAGAAACAUUGAUGUUGGUCAAAUAAGCUUUAACAGAAGUGUCCUUCCGUCGACCCUGUUCCCGAAUACCGCAUGUAUGAUUAAUUGGCACGGUGCAAAUCUUGCUACAAUAUCUCAGGAAUGGCUUCUUUCUGGUUGCCUUCAGUUAAAUCAGAGAUUAAGAACAUCUCGAAUGGCAUUAGCUGCUUUAACUCGAAUAGACAUCUCGUGCAACCGUCUUACUGUACUCAAUGGGUUUUUACUGCAGCUGACCUCAUUAAGAACACUGAAUGCAGCAAAUAAUCUUAUCACUGAAAUCGAGUUACCUUCUGGAGGGUGGAACGCUCCACUGCUGGAAACUUUGUUACUGGAACAUAACUUACUCAUUUUUCUUCCUCCUCAGAUUUUCUCUGUAUGUUUUCCAUGUUUGUCGUGUCUUGACGUAUCAUAUAACAAACUCGCUUCUUUACCCGACACCCUUUGGGCUGCUCCGCACCUGAAAGAGUUCAAUGCAUCAAAUAACUUAUUGAAAGUUAUUCCUACAGUUACAAAUGUUAGUAACCUCUCACCGUCUCACUCUAGUGAUGGUAAAGAAAAUUUACCACAAGAUGCGUGUAGUCUUAAAAGCACAAUUUCCACGGAAGAUGCUUCUAGCAGUGGCGCCCGUAACGACGAAGUAAAUGUAACUGUCCAUGAGCUCAGGAGGUAUAAUUUUUGGCAGUCCACGGUGCACCUUGUGAGAUCUGAGGACUCAGAUUCUGAAAACGGUUUGACGACGAGCUUUUCAGCCCUAAAUUCUUUGAAUCUUUCUCAUAAUGAGAUAAAAGUUUUCCCAACCGGUCUUGCCUGCUGCUGUCCUCGUUUAACACGCUUAAACUUGUCACACAACGAACUCGUUUCUGUAGGCCCAGUAGAAUGUUUACCAGCCAAAAUUCGGCAUUUAGACCUUUCUAGUAACAGGCUUGCUCUUCUUUUUGAACGUCCAGACCCGGUGCAGUUGGUGUGUCACGCCACAACGACUUUUUCGAAUAGAAUUUCAAGGAAUGAAAGAAUCAGUCCUUCAAGGCAGUCGAGAAAUCGGUCAAAGUCUGCAGUUAGAAGUCAAAGGUCGCUUAGUGUUGCUCGAGUUGGCGAUUCACUUCAUGACAUUCACUUAAAUGCAUGUGUACACAAAAAACAUACCCGUUUGGAAUCGCUUCGUACAUUGAUUCUAAACGGAAAUCGUUUGCGAGAGAUUCCUCUGAGACUGUCGGAUGCAUCGGUGCCACUGAAGAAAAAAAUGGUUGAUGUGAAAAGGAAGGAAAAUGUGCGAGAUAAGAUUUUAUUUCCUCUUUUAACGUCUUUGGAUGUUAGCAAUAAUUGUAUCAAAUGGGUCCCUCCUCUGAUAUCUUCGCUGUCGUCGCUUUCAGUUCUCAAUCUUUCUGGCAAUGCAGCUAUUGAGAACCUGCCUUCAGAGUUGGGACUUUUAGGUAAACUAUGGAAUUUAAACUUGAACGGGUGCUCUAUGAAAGAUCCAAUACGUUCGUUGAUUCAAGCCAAAAACUUUAAGACAGUGGAUUUGAUCGCUUACUUGAAAUCUAUCUUAGAAGAUUCACGACCUUAUACUCAGCUAAAACUCAUGAUCGUUGGUGUUCAAGGCAUUGGCAAAACCUCUUUGCUGCAGCAGAUUCGUCUGGAGGGUACGAGUUGGUCUCAGAGGAUGGGCCAUACUUCAACAGCCCCAGAUCGAACUUCAAAAGGUGUCAACAUGUCUACUGUUGGAGUUGAUAUUGCGGAAUGGACAUUUGAACCGAAAAAAACGAAAGGUGAAACUUCGCAUGGCGCUAUUACUUUUCGGACUUGGGACUUCGGGGGUCAACGUGAAUACUACGCUACUCACCAGUAUUUCCUCUCGCGCCGUUCACUUUACCUCGUUGUUUGGCGUGUUACGGAUGGUGAAGCUGCAAUAUCUGAUGUACACCAAUGGCUUAUUAACAUUCAGGCUCGCGCUCCGAAUUCUCCCGUCAUUGUAGUGGGGACACAUGUUGAUCAGGUCCUUGCUAACGUGGCUCGUUUCCCCACUAACUAUCUCUCUUCUCUUGACAGUCUCAUACGCGACCGUUUUGUUAUGGCUGCAGAUGCGGAUAAAAAGGGUUUGCCGAAAGUUGUCGAAUGUAUUUUCGUCUCUUCAAAAACUAAGUACAAUAUUCGCGCAUUAUGCAAUCUGUUAUACAGAACCGCAUUUGAUAUUCGAACAGUCGGUGGUAAGGAAAGACUGUUAGAACAGAAGGUGCCAGCGUCUUAUUUGGCUUUUGAAAAGAUUGUGGUUGGGUUGAGUGACGAGAAGAGAUUAGCUAAUGUAGAACCUGUUAUGAAAGGUAACGAGUUUCGAGCAAUCGUGCAAGAAAGAAUGCGUAAAAGUUAUGGACGAGCUUUUCGGGACGAAGUUGAAUUUAAUCACGCUUGUGUUUUGCUUCACUAUGAGGAUGCCACCUUACGUGAAUUAUAUUUUUUAAAUCCACAGUGGUUGUGCGAUAUACUAGCUCACGUUAUCACUAUUCGCGAAAUCAAUCCUUUUGCUCGUAAUGGUUUGAUGAAAAUAGAUGAUUUGCAAAUAUUGUUCAAAUCUCUCAGACUAGGAAAGUCAGCUGUGAACAUAAAGUCACAUAUUGUUUCUUUGCUUCAUAAGUUUGAAGUUGCUCUCACAUGGCAGUCGAGAAGUCUUUUGAUACCCUCUUUACUUCCGGACGAAUAUCAACUAAGAGGAGGUUACCCGGGUUCUCGUGUCGUGUUAACAGCGAAAGUGAAUGGUUGGGAACUAGGUAGACAUCCAGACAAAUAUGUAUCUGCGAUUCCGCCUUGUGGAGUUUUGAGAGUGAAAUAUCAGAAGGAACAGUAUGUUGGCCAAAAUAGUGUUGAGAGCCAAAUCGAUGUUAUUAAAAACGACUCAAAAAAUGCUGUGUUCUGCCGGGAUUCCUCAAAAAAAGUUGCUAGUACAAGUAGUCAAGACGGUGACAAUGAGAAUCAUGAAAUUACUUUGUCUAAAAUUGAGAAGGAGACGUUACGUCGAAUAUAUGCCAUGGCUUAUAUACCAUCUGGGUUUUGGUCAAGACUCAUGGCUAGGAUGCUUAGCGACGAUCGCUUGACAGCUUGCAUAGAACGUUUAUUUUUCUUUUGUGAAGCAACAGAAAGUGAUGUAGCUGAUGAGGUUAAAAAUGUAUUGAACAAAGAGUUUCGGCCGGACUGGCUAUUGUGGCAGACGGGUUUUGAGGUAAUUAUCAACGAACACUCGCUGUUUAUGUUACGGCAAUAUUUGCCUCUUGCUGAGGCGAGGGACGUUUUAUAUGAAUUUGUUGAUUGGUGGACUAGGGGUGAAGAUUUCAAGUGGCGACCUACCAACCUUCAGAAUUCUGCUUUCGUUGAGAUAACAAUUCCGUCUUACGAUUUAACUGUUACUGCGAGAGGUCAAAACUACUGCCUUCAAACAGAUCACUCUUAUAAAACGCGACUCUUAGCGCUUGUUGUGGAUAUCAUUGACACAUUUCUUGAGGACUGGUAUCCAUCUCUGGGAACUCGUUUCAUGCACACCUCCGAAGGUCAUUUGUUAAUAAAUCGUUUGGUUCCAUGUCCAGAUUGCAUUAACGCUUCGAGUUGUCGAAAGAUGUCGUUGAACGGUAAUAUUGGUAAAAAGGGUCUUGAGAGCAUGCGUUCACGAACAAUAUCGGAUUUUUGCGAAGUCACUGCUGCUCGGUUCCCAAUUUACGCUUUUACUAUUGAAGAGUGCAUUCUCAGCGCUCAUGAGAACGCGAAUCUACAGUGUCCCGUCCACCAGAAACUGAGCCUUAGUUUAUUCGCUCCUGAUACCGUUUUUCUAGAUAUUAAAAAUGAUUUUUUUAUUCCUCCUGAAAGCGUUAAGCGAAAUAAAUUGAUCGGUCGUGGCGCUUUCGGGUUCGUAUUCAAAGCAACAAUUUGUCAGAAGGAUCGAAGCGUGGAGGAUGCUGCUUUGAAAAUGCUGGAACCUGUAGAACCAGGAAUUGGUGCAAGAUCGUCAUCUAUAGCAGCUUUUAAGGCAGCAGAAACAAAAUGGGAGCGCAGCCCUCUGCAAAGUGCUUGUUAUGCUUACAUUACCUGUCGACAAGAGCUUAGUGUUCUUUCUUCUCUGCGCCAUCCGCAUAUCACAGCACUUUUAGGUGUUUGUAUUCGCCCUUUAGCUUUGAUAGUUGAGCUGGCUCCAUUAGGAGCCUUAAGCCACCUGCUGAGUAAUUAUCGCAGGAGUGGUGCCAGGCUUCACCUUAGUGUUAUUCAGGACACAGCCAAUCAGGUAGCAAGAGCUUUGGAGUAUUUGCACGAACAUCAUAUCAUUUACCGAGAUUUGAAGUGCGAGAAUGUGUUAAGCUGGAGAUUUCCACCUCCGUUUAGUGCACUAACAGAAGUCAUUGUCAAACUGGGAGAUUAUGGAAUAUCUAGAAGUUCGUUUCCGUCAGGAGAUGCAAAAGGCUUUGGAGGCACUGAAGGUUUUAUGGCGCCAGAAAUUAUGCGUUAUAACGGGGAGCAAGAAUAUACAGAAAAGGUGGACUGUUUCUCAUUCGCAAUGUUUUUGUACGAGUUGAUCAGUUUAAAGCUGCCCUUUGACGGACACGAACAGUUAAAGGACUAUGUUCUAGAAGGUGGUAGACCGCAGCUGACUCCAUCGGAAUUGUUGUAUCCUUGCAAUGUCUUAGACAUGAUGGUUGUUUGCUGGGCUGCAAAACCGUCUGACCGCCCCUCCGCUUCUCAGAUUGUUUCAAUGACUACCGCUCCAGAGUUUACACAUCUUUUGGAUGCAAUUGCUUUGAACGAUCCAAACUCAUUUAUUACAUCUACUGUAGCUUUAUCAAUUGCCGACGAAAGUGAGGGCACGUCGAUUACAGAUGAUAAUUUAGAAAAUGAAGUAUGGUUAAGCAGGUCAGAUGGUACUGUUACAGUACUGGGUUGCAAUCAGUACGGUUGGCUUGAUUCUAAGAGCAUAUUUGUAAGCGCUGAGAAAGCUGUAAUAACUGCGAUGUGUAUCGUUAACGAUACCGUUUGGCUUGCAGAAUCAACAGGAUUUAUUCAUGUUUACUGCCGCAGUUCGUACGUUGAACUCCAUUCAUUCUCGAUCGCCCAGUUUCUUCCAAAGCCAGCUCUGAGCGUUGAUGUACGAUACAUGUUUAUACUCUCUCACGCUCCUUUAGUCCUUUUGCUCGUACUGCAAUCUACACUUUUAAUAUUAAAAAAAGAGAAGAUAAAUGAGGAGACCCUCGUUAGUGUCACGCCCGUUUCAGCAAUUCACUCAGUUGCCAUUACCGAAAAUGAUUCGAAUAGCAAAGAAGUGUGGUGUGGAUGUGAUAGUGGCACUAUUCUCAUCUAUGAGCUUCUUAACGACUUACGUUUUGCUCUUUGCUCCACGCUAGUACAUAACGAAUUCGCCGGGCCCUCCCCGCCGGUUGCGAAAUUAGCUUACUUGGUUACUAGUGGAGCGGAACCCUCAUUUGUUUGGUCUGCAACCCUCUCAGGAAGCAAGGUUUUCCAGUGGUCAACAUCUACUAAAACAAUUUUAUGUAAACUGGAUGCACAAAAAAUCUUGCCUUCUUCCGAAUCUAUUUCUACGUUAGAUAUUGAAGCAGCCCAAGACGGAACCAUUACAUCCCUGGCUUUACUCGAUAAGUUUGAUGGACCUCAACUUUACAUUGGUACGAGUAAAGGAGUCAUCAUUGUGGCCCAGGCAAGGAAGAUGAGGCCGCUGGCGGCCUUUAGACCGUAUAUAGAAAAUGUGCAUACAAUCAUUGUCCUUGAUGAAACCACCGCGUUAAAUGACAGCCAGAGGGUAGCAAAAAUGUUGAGAGCUAGUGUAAAUAGCACUGAAAUGGGGUCGAGAAAAGAAAAUAGCAGGAGUUCUGCCGGUAGUAGUACCAGCAGCGAAUUUUUUGAUACUGUUUCUUGGGUCAAAUCUAGAGUUACUGAGACUGUCAGUCAUCUGCGGACUUCUUCUGACGAUAGGUCCGUGGCCUGUAAUGGCUAUGUCAUAACGAUCGGCGAUGGUUACAGAUGCCUUAUCGACCGUUUUACCAGCCGUGAAAAUGGACGAGUUUUGGCUUCAAAACCGGGAUCCCCCUGUGCAAUUAUAUGGCGUACUGAAGACUGGGUACCCUAA